CAGCCUGGCGGGCUUUUCUCUUGCAUGUGCGCUUAUGCCUGAAGACUGCCUGGAGGAGGAGGAGCAUGAGGACGAGGAAGAGGAGAAGCCCAGACCCAAGCUCACUGCCCCCAAGAUCCCUGAAGGGGAGAAGGUCGACUUCGAUGACAUUCAGAAGAAGCGUCAGAACAAGGACCUCAUGGAGCUUCAGGCCCUCAUCGACAACCACUUCGAGGCUCGCAAGAAGGAGGAGGAGGAGCUGAUCGCCCUCAAGGAGAGGAUUGAGAAGCGCCGAGCCGAGCGGGCAGAGCAGCAACGUAUCCGUGCGGAGAAGGAGCGUGAGCGUCAGAACAGGCUGGCGGAGGAGAAGGCCCGCCGGGAGGAGGAGGACGCCAAGCGCAGGGCGGAAGACGACAUGAAAAAGAAGAAAGCCCUGUCAUCCAUGGGCGCCAACUACAGCAGCUACCUGGCCAAGGCCGACCAGAAGCGUGGUAAGAAGCAGACAGCCCGUGAGAUGAAGAAGAAGAUCCUGGCUGAGAGACGCAGGCCCCUCAACAUUGACCACCUGAGCGACGACAAGCUGAGGGACAAGGCCAAGGAGUUGUGGGAAACCCUGUACCAACUGGAGGUGGACAAGUAUGAGUUUGGGGAGAAACUGAAACGUCAGAAAUACGACAUCACCAACCUCAGGAGCCGCAUCGACCAAGCACAGAAGCACAGCAAGAAGGCGGGAGCGGCAGCCAAGGGCAAGGUCGGCGGGCGCUGGAAGUGAGGCCGGCUGCUGCCGUGAGACCGGGGCGGAGACCCUUACCGGGGAGGCCCCCGGACCCCCUGGAGCACUCCGUCUCUGCCCUCUGACCCCUGGGUCUGUGAAUAAAGUGACCGCUCUGUG